AUGAGCUCCUUCCAAUUACGCGCUCUUCCCCGAGUGUCGCCCGCCUUCUCUAUCCUCCGGUCCUCUCCCCGCAUACAGACACAGCUCGCUCGGCUCUACGCCACGCAAAACAAUAUAGGCGGCGGGCCUCAGACUACUUCGUCAAGGAAGAAGAGCAUUACAGUCCUCUCUGAUGAUGGGAGAGUUCAGUGGGGCGAUUUGAGUGGAGGAGAGAAGGUUGCACGGGCAACACAACAGUCCUUCAACUUUGUUCUAGUAUUGGCUGGAGCAGUAUUGACGGGUGGAGUCUUCACACUUUUCUAUCUCGAGGUCCUAUCACCCAAUAGCAGGACAUGGCAGUUCGAGACCGCGGUAGGGCGCAUUAAGGACCACCCCGAGUGUAUCAAGCUGCUCGGUGAUCGCAGAGAGAUCAAGGCCUAUGGCGAGGAGACCCGGAGCCGAUGGGCGCGAAACAGACCUAUCGCAUCAUCUACAGAAAAGGACCGGCUAGGUCGUGAGCAUCUUCGCAUGCACUUCCAUGUCGAGGGUCCUCUCAACUCCGGCGUGGUCGUCGUGCACAUGAUCAAGCCUUUGGAUAAGAGCGAUUUCGAGUACCAGCUUCUGGCGCUGGACGUGAAGGGGCACUCCCGCAUUGUGCUUGAGCAAGCCUCAGAGAAGCCCAGUGUGGCCAGUGCAUUGAAGCUCUUUGGUAUUCAGUGGCGCUGA